UCAGGGACUGUGGCAGUGUUUACGUCCGCCGUGUUUACUCUCUCAGCUGAUUGACAUGGCCUUGAAGCAUCCCAUCUUCUCCCUCUAACUUACUAAUGAGCGGCCAUCAUCAAUGGAGGUAGCAGUAGGGACGGUGGCCAUCAACAGUGCAGCCAUGAAUACGAGAGGUGCUGGAGAGGUGUACGAUAUUGUUGCUCUAAAUAAAUCCCUUGAUGAUCUGGGUAUGCUAAGCACCCUCACCACAAGUCGUAAGGAAUAUCUUCAAGAGUGCCUGAGAGACGGCAUGGAGAAGCUUAAUGUAGAUCAGCCGGGUCCUUCUACCUCUCGUUGGGACUCCCAGAAGAGCCCCAAAAGUUCUGGAUCAUCUCAUUCUGUUGAGAAAGAGAAUACUAAUAUUGGGGGCUUCCAGGUUCUUACAAUGAAUUCAACAUUCAUCACAAGCUUCAAAGCCGGCUAUGAGUUGCCAUGUCACGGCAUCAAGGAGCCCUCGAGCAAAAGAGUGUACAAAUGUAGCUUUUCCCGCAGACGGAGACUUCGGACACACCCGUACGAUAAUAACUCUGCGGUUUCCAAUACCAGUGAAGCCUCGGGAUACAGCAGCGGAUCGUACCGGCUGAGAACAACCAGUCUAAGUAGUGGUACAAGUAAAAACAAAAACUGCAGCAGCUAUAGUAACGCCAAGUCCAGCGGUAGUUCGGGUCACGUGUUGGUUAGAUCUCGCAGUAUGGAAAAUUUAACUGCAUCUAUGGAUGAAGGGCUUAUUCUGGCCUCUAAACCAAGAGAGUUGGAGUCCGUGUCCAGAGGUAUACAACAACUGAGAAUGGACGACUGUACCUGAGGAGGAAGAGGAGCGUUGAUGUUGUUAAAACUAAUUCGAACACUAAGUGAUAUAUAUAGAAGGCUUACUUUGUGUAAUUGUAUUUAAAUAAUUAGUUUAUCUAUAAAGGCAGACAGAUAGUAUAAGAGUUCCUGCAAUAGUGCACACAACCUGGACUACCUUACCUUGUGAAGACGUUAGUCAAGAAAUGAUUGAAAGAUGUGAAUAAAUUUUGUAUUCAUAUUUUAGCUUUAUUGUUAUUAAUAUGUAAAGGUUUCAGAUAUUAUGAAAACAGCAUCCUGUAUAGAUUUGAAUUAUAUAUAAGGUAAAAUAAUUUAUGUUAUAAUCAAUUAUUUAGGAAUGAAUGUGACAAAGUCCAGAUCUGAAGCCAAAGUAUUGAGAUAAAUUGUGUUUUUCAGUUACCGUUUAUGAUUUGAGGUUUUUGAGUUAUAUACCGUAAUAUAAUAUUCAUUUAAACCGUAAUCAAACCUUGUUAAUUCAAUUAUGUGCUGUUUGCAGUACUCUCAUUCAUAGUUUUAUAAGUGAAUUGGUGUGUAUGACUGUGAGAGUGGUUCAUUAUAUAAGUUGUUACAGAUACUGUUUGCAGGUGAUGUUUUCCUGAACUGGGGUAAGCAGUGCAGUAUAGUACUGUAUGUUGUCUGUGUAAACUGUGGAGAUGGAUGUAUAGAAUAAAGUAAAUGCAAGCAACACUAAUGUUUCAAAGUGUAGUAUUAGAUAGUAUAAAACGGAGAACUGGAAAUUGUGACUAACUGUUUUAUGAUUAAUAUGAUGGGAAUCAGGGAUCAUUCUGGGGUUCAAAAAGGUAAAUCUGAAACUUCCUCACAAUACAGUAAGGUCGAUGCUGUGAUGUAAACAUUUUCAUUUUUCUUUAGUCCUUUUAAAUCUUUUGUGGCUUCUCCCACUUUAUGCAGGAUGAUCAGAAACAAAAGCAAACACACAUGAACAUUUUCAUUACCAUUCAUACUGCUGUAAACAAUGUGUUCUGAGGUACUGUAGUGUACUAUACUCUCUUCCACAAGAAUAUUCCAAGUCUGGUUUAUUCUCGUAGAAUCACACAAGCUAGCAUCAACCAUCAACAGUAUGCCUUCCCCCAAAACGACUUGACACUAUGCUCUCUGGUACUGUAUGUUCUUCUAACUACUCCUUGGUCUAUUGCUCUGCUGCUUACCAUACACCACCCCAUAGUCCCCUUCCACUUCCCAGAGACUAUAAAUUUAUUAAAAAUAUUCAAAGUAGGGCCACCAUACUGGUGCCUGCACUCUGGCACCUCAGAUUCCCAGAGAGAUUGAAAUGGUUGCAGUUGCUUAGCUUACACUAUAUGCAGGCAAGGGGAAAAUUAAUAGAAGUCUAUCAGUAUAAACACCUUAAAGGAUAUUAAUCAGUCAGUAUUCAUACCUAAAGGUCACAGCUUAAGGUUGAAGAAGUCACUAGCUCAGAAUAUUGUUAGGGCAAGCAAUUUUAGCAUGAGAGUUGUGAAUUCUUGGAACAAUCUGCCAAAGAGUGUUGUGAUGGCACCGAGUGCGAGUUCAUUCAAAACCAGACUUGGCCAACACUGGUGCAGGUAUACAGUCGAUAUAUUGUGGAACCAAUACAUGCCCAGUACUUGUCAACAGUGUGUAGCAGAGACUUGACCAACCACCUAAGCAGCUAACAAACCAACCAGUGUCAGAGAGGAUUAAGUAAAGUAAAGAUCACCAACUGAUCAUUGUCACCACUGUCUUAUGGCAAUUUUUCACACUUGCAUGGGUUAUCCGUGAUUAUCUGAUGGCUUGGUGUCCCAGUUGCUAUCGGGCAAACUUGAAGCAGGUUUUAUGGCUGGAUGCCCUUCUUAUCACCAGCACACUUUUACAGAGUGGGAACUGGGCAUUUAAAUCGCAAUCAAUAACAUAGUCAUACAUACUAAUGCUUUUCCUUCAGUACAGUUAAACAUGUUUUGCCAGAACCUCUCUCUUUUCUUGUCCCUCUUCUUAGCCUCUGAUCUUACACCUCAAUCUCCUUACUUUACAAUGAUCCAUACAAUUCUGUAGCUGAUCCAUCUAUGUUCACUGAUACAACUUCUCAUAUCACUCAACACAGCCUUUUGUUCUUAUUUCUCCCAGACACUCCUGUCUCUACUUCUUUAUCCUUAUAUUUGCAAACAUCCCAUUGUAAUUUGCUGUUAUUUAUUUUUAAUAACUGAAUACUGUAUUGUACAAUAGGAGGAGUUUGCCAGCCCCAAGCCCCGGGGUGGGUGGGUCAUGUCCCAAUAUUAUCUAUAACUUGGUUUAUCAGAUAUUUCUGGAGGAACUCAUGUAGUUCUUUGAUUGCAGAUUUGAUGUACAAAUAAAAAAAAGAAGAAUUAACAAGGUUUGGUUUUACAACUAUAGUUAAUGAUAAGCAUACUGUACUAACCUUUAUAAUACCUGUACACACACACAAAUACACACUCACACACAUAUGGUCAACAACUUAGUAUCUGAAUGCUGUGGGCCUGGAUAUGUCUACAUAAUAAAAUACAGGUAGUCACCAUUUAAAGUACAUUACAGCUCUCUCUCUCUGUCUUAGUAGUAUUGUACUUCUUCUGGUUCUCAUACAUUAUCUAUUGGAGAUGAAGUACAAUCCAUUACUGGUAGGAUGGAACAAGGGAGGGAGUAGAUGCUGUCAGGGCAGAGUUAAUGUCUUCUGUGUCAUCACCAGGAUCUUCUACGUGUAUUAUUACUUUUUAUGGUAUUGGAGAGAGAUGUGUUCUUGGUGAUGGUGGUGGUAAGGUGAACUGCUUGAUGGAGGUGUACUUUUCUUGUUUGAAUAGGACUUCUUGUCAGCAAUCAGAUAACUUGAAUUUCAGGAAAUAGAUGUCCAGAUACCAUGUUGUUGACUAUACAGUACAGUAUGGACAGAGCAUCGCCUUAUGUCUCUAUAUAAUAUGAUUUAUGCCUUUGUUACCCAUCUGAAGUGUGCACAGGAAUAGGCCUUUAAUGAUACUGUAUAUAUAGGUACAGUAUCUAAGUAGUGUUUUACGGGAGAAGGAUCGGCCAUUUUCUGACGUACGUUAAUACUGUAGUAAAUUAUCUAAAUUCCCAUUCCCGGAAUGUCACGAGGAGUUUGAGAACUAAUAAAAGAGAAUAAUACUAAAUUGAGUGUAAUAUUGAUUCUUGUUUAUGGAUAUAUUUUCUGGCUUACAGAGUGAGCGUUAUCAAGUGAUGUUUGUAUGGCUAUGAACUUUAUUUAUCGUGCAGUCAAGGUGUCUUGGCUGAGCUUUAUCAUUAUAAUUAUCAUUGUUGUAUUUUAAUUAUUUUAAUUAUAAAAUUAAAUAGACAUUUAUAUGAAUGUAGGUUUUCAUGUGUCCGUUUGUAUAAUGCUACACUUCUCACAUCUCAGCUUUAUGGGUUCAUCUGUGUAAAGAUGAGGCUGAAUUUGGAGUCGAUUAUGUUGCCGAUUUCAUUUACAUUGUCAAAGUACUGUACUGUAUGUUAACUAUGUAUCAUGUGAAAGGAAAAUGUAUGUAACUGACUUGAGAAGUGUGAUGCUGUGUGACAGUGAAACAUGGACAGUUAAAGAGGAUGACAUAAGCAGGCUUGAGUGAGCUGAAAUGAGAAUUGGUGAGUGGAUGUACUGUAUCUUGUGACACUGAAAGAUUGGAAACCCUAUUCAGAGCUAAGAGGGCAGCUGGGUAUUGAGAGUAUUGGUGUGGUUUUGCAUAGAGGCAUGCUGAGAUGAUUCAGGCAUGUGGAAAGAAUGGGCGAGACCAAUUGGGUCAAGAGGUGCAUGGAGUAGCCAACGGCAGGUCAAGAAUGAUAUUGGGAGAGGCCGUCUCCCAAUAUCAUUCUUGACCUGUCUUGUAGCCCCUCUCCGAGAGGGGCUACAAGACAAUGUGCAGUAUGGAGAGCUGCAAGAGACCCUGCAGUUUAUGGUUAAUCCUCGUAAGUGUUGAAAAUAGCCGUAAAAUGGUGGUGGCGAUCGUAAAAACAGGAUUCAACUUUACAACAUGUGGAUACCUGCAUUAUUACCCGUGUAAUCAAAUAUUGGUCACACAGAACUUAACCUGCUUAUGAGAGAAAUUUUUUACAUACGUACAGUAAUUUAAGUCAGUACAGUACAGUAGAGGGGCACACACACAGUGAUCCUAGCUCCUGAAAAUUUUAUUUAGCCAGUAAAAUAUUUGAGUGUAGAUGCCAUCGGUGAUUAGAACAUGUUCCCAAAGUUGAACUUGUGAGUGAAGUAAUGUAUUAUCACUGGUUAACAAACUUUUAAUUGUUAUUAUAGUUUAAUAAAGGAUGCCAUUGUCACUAAAUACUUCAAAGUUAAAAAUUUCUUUAACAAUGUAUAACUACCCAAAAAAAAAUUAUAUUAGGUUAUUAUAUAAAAAUAAUAAUUAUCCUGUGAACUUUUUCAUUCAUAAGGGAUUACUGUACUGUAUACAAUAAAUACAGCAUCAGUACUGUAUAUUUAUUUUGUUUAUUGUUGUGUAAAAAUUAUCUUAUACUGUAUUUAAUGUUUAUUGAAAAGUAAAUACAGUACUGUAUAUAUAUAUAUUACAAGUUGUCUGUGUUAACUCUUAAAAAAUCAACAUGAUUAUAAACAAGUAGAAACAAGCACGUUGACAUCAGGCAAUACUGAUGAUGUGUGUUUUUGUGACUGGCAGAUGCUGUAUGUACAUAAUGAUAUUAGCUUUAAAAUUCUUUGUUGUGUAAGCCAGAAAAUAUGAUUUUCAGCUUUAAAGUAUUGUCGACUCUUGUGUGAUUGGCAGCCGUCACAAGAAAGCAACUUUAUUCAUCACUUGUUGUUUGAUGAUUAUCAUUUGUAUAUUUAUUUAUCUUAAGAACUUUAGAUAGCAGUUGUGACUGGGCACUGUGUACAACAUUGUAUUUUGCUGUGUCCACUGAGUGUUGUAAUUCACUGCAUUCUCUUAUUUGUAAGUUUGUGAGACUAUCAAUAUUAUGUAAUGGACACCUAACUUAUAGUUUAAUGGGCAGGAAACAUUCUUCUCAGUGUACUUGUUAAUUUAGUCUCUCCAUUAAAAGUUUUUCUUCACCUUCAUUUGUAAACUCUUCAAAUACCUGUACUGUACUGUAGGGGAUAGUAUUUUAAACCCCAAAAUACCUUAAUGUACUGUUUAGCAGUCAUAUGACACUGUACGUAUACAGUUAUUACAGAAUUUAUACAGCAAAUAGGCAGCUUUCACAUGACCUGACUGGGCCACUGCUUCAAUGGCAUAAUUCUUGAUUCCCUCAUUAAUACACAGUACUCCCAGAAAUUCACCUGAAGGGCAUUAUGGCCAAAAUGGAGAAGGGUGUGGGUAUACUGGCAGUGAUGGGUGGGUAUUUUUUCUUUCACGUUACGCAACUACCGACGAGAGGGAAUCAACUGCUAUGGCCAUCGUGAAAUUCCAAUUUUGCACUACCGACCGUGACGUCGUAAUAAUAAGUAACAACAGACACCACGAAACAACUCCUAUGGAGAAAUACUUGAUGUCUGUAGUGCUAUUCAUUUAAUAAACUCCAUUUUCCCAGUGAUGGCUGCUUUAAUAGUACAGUACAUUGUUCAACUUAUGUAACCUUGGACCAGCAAUAGUGUUUCUUAUUUGUUUCAUGUCUCUAUCAUAAUCUAAUAUAAACUAACCUAUUAUAACUUUUUGUGUUCUGUAAUGUACACAGACUCCGUAGUUUUUUUUUGUGUGUGCACAUUUCACCUAAUUUGACAAAAUAUCUUCAUUUCAAUUAAAAGUCAGGGGCUUAUAUUUUGGACUAACCAGAUGAACUUGGCCGAAUUUGUAAGGUGAUUUAAAAUUUACAAUUGAGCUUAAGAGACACACGAUAGAAUCAAAAUGCAUGAAUAAUAUUUUGUGUACGACAUCACGAUUAAAGCGCAAGAUGUGAUAAUACAGACAGACAUAUCCUUAAGAAAAAUAACCACGCUAUUUUUUUUUUUAUAAAUUGCAGAGCAUUAAUAGACCUGCCAAUAUUAGUACAAAGACUUGUGCUGGAUCAUCCAAAGGUCGUGUAACUGACUGUCGUGUAUGAUGUUACGUGUACUGUAUUUUUGCUGUACUCUGCAUGUUACAUCUUAGAUUAUUAUACAUGGCACUGUGUAGUACAUUAUGUAUCAAUUUUAAGUGGAGAUGUUAUAGAAAGAUUAUGAAAAAUUAAAUAUACAGUACAUAUUUAAUGUCCAAUUAUACAUUUCCACUGCCAUAUAGUUAUUUGUACUGUGCUGCUUGAACAAUGCCAAUAAAUAUUUUAAAUUACAGAGGCAGGAUAGUUCUUAAAUGGACUAAUUUGUAUCUUCAAAGAAACACUGCAAUAAAGUAUAAUUUACUUUGCCCAACUACCAGAAUAUAACUGCAAUAAUUUGAUGACCGUAUGUAGGGCAGUACUCAGGUGGAGUUAUUUAUGCCUUUAUUAACUUGAUCCAAUAGUCAUGGUGAUUAAUAAAAUUCUUUUCUGAAAUUUAUAUGUAAAUGUUCAGAGUUUUCAUCCUCCUUUCCUGUAAAGGGAUGGAUGAAAGGGUAGAAUAGAUUCAAAGAAAUGGAGGGAAUCUAUAGAGACGUUAUGCAUGACAAGUGAACAACAUGACAACAAAUAGAUACACUGUACUACCCACAUUAGCUCACCCUUCAUUAACACAUAUACCAGUACCUUAUAUAUUGUGUUGCUUUAUAUACUUCUUUCUCUCGACCUGUAAUGAUGGCUAACAGUCUAAUUAAAACUUCUUUCUAUAAAUUAAAUCACUUUUUUUUCCCACUGACAUCAGGUAUGAGAAAGAACUAUCUAGUCUGGGACCUCUGAGUAUGAGCAUGGCACGUCAGUUCACUAAUGUACGGUACACACGUUGCCAUGUAUAAAAAGGAAGUUUGUUGAGACAUUGACACUUAAAGAGACUUAAUGAUAUCAUGCAGAUACAGUCUUAGUAAAAUUGUGUUCAGGGAAAUUAUACCAUGUAAAUAAUUUGUAUAAUCUUGCAAUAUAUUUGAUAGGGAUUUUAAAUUGAGCCUUAGCACUUUAGGAGAAAAUUUAAUUGUGAAAAAAAAAAAAAUCAGGGGCAGAAGUAUACCAGAGUUGCCUUUAGAACAUGGAUUGAAAAUUUAUCUUGGAUUGAUUCAUGUAGCAAAGGAUCCAUGCAGUCUGUGAUGUGUAUUGUGUGUUGACUAUUAUCUCUGCCACAAGUGUGUUCUCUACUGAAAUCUCUCCUAUGCAUCAUUUUGUUUUUAUUUUCUAUGUAAUUCUGAACUGUGUGAUUGAAUUUUUAUAAUAAACCUAGUAUAAACUACAAAA